AUGAUGGUGCCGCCCCAGUGGUUUAUCCUCAGCGAGCUCGCGGAGUGCUGCCCGCGCAUGGCCGGCGUCGCAGCGUACGCAGCGUCGCCGGAGAGGUCCCUGCAGCGCGACCAUCCUAUCAAGCCUUACCCCGUGGCUCUGGGCGAGGAGGAGCGCGAGCGGCUGCUUAAGCAGGGCGGGACGGUUCCCACCGACAGCAAGCAGGCGGCGUUCGCGUUGGCCAUGCCGGGGGACGAGAUGCACCCCGUCUACCCCGGCGGCAGCGGGCGACGCCAUCGUAUCACGGUGGUUGGGCAGCUGGGCCGGCUGGCCUCGUUCGAGCUGCAGCGGGAUGGUCCUUUCGAGUUGCCCCUGAGGGAGGCGACGCAGGGCUGGUACACAUUGGCAAAGCUGUGA